AUGAGCGUCCGCAUGCGCGACGCCGAUGAGGACAGCCAGGCGACAGACGACGAGGCCAUGAGCGGCAGCGAGCCUUCUGAGUACAGCUAUGACGCCGGCGAUAGCGAUGACAACGACGGCGCCGACGCGGGCGCAAGCAGCAGCGAUGACGCGCCGGCCGGCUCUGACGGCUCGUCCGACGGCGACGACGCCGGGCCAACCCCCGCGGACGACGGCGACAGCAGGCGGCUAGGCUACCGCGUGAUCACUGCUGACAGCAUGAAACGGCUGCAGCAGGGUGCGAUCGAUGAGGUCGGUGCGAUCUGGGGCUGUGGGGCCAGCGUGGCCAAGACCCUGCUGAUGGCCUACAUGUGGGACAAGGAGCGCCUUCUGAGUGAGGCCCCGGAUGACCUGGGUGACAAAGGCUACGAGCACGUCUACAAGGUGGCGGGCCUGGUGGUGCAGCCAGACGGCGGCGGUGGCAGCGGCAACAGCAGCAUCAGCGGCACGGCAGCGCCCGCGACGGGCGGCCCCGUGACGUGUGGGGUCUGCAUGAGCGAGCUGCCGGCGGCCCAGUGCAGCGUAAACAGCUGCGGCCACGCGUACUGCGACGACUGUUGGCGGGGCCACCUGCAGGUCCAGAUCAGCGAGGGCAAGGCGUGCCACGUGACGUGCAUGAGCUUCAAGUGCGGCAUAGUGUGCGACGAGGAGCUGGUGGAGCGCGUCAUGCAGGGCGAGCCGCAGCUGCUGGCAAAGUACCGCCAGAGCCACCUGGAGUCGUACCUGGAGGGCCCGCGCGUGGCCUUCUGCCCCAGCGCGCCCUGGCGGCCGCGCCAGUGCGUGGCAGCUGCUGCAUGA